AUGAUUUAUGCUGGUGCAGAAAAUGUUCACAGUAUUUUUAACAAGGGACAGAAGUGGACUCAGGCCUACUGGGAUGAGUUCGCUAGCUUGCCGGCUAUUGUUCCGAAGGGUCCCAUUGCAAUAUUGGGCUUGGGCGGUGGAACAGCUGCUCAUCUGAUGCUAGACUUGUGGCCUUCAUUGCAGCUAGAGGGCUGGGAAAUUGAUGAAAUUUUGAUUGAUAAAGCAAGAGAGUAUCUCUGGCUGUCUGAUCUUGAGAUGCACACUCAAGAUGGUGGCAUUCUUCAUGUUCAUGUUGGUGAUGCAGUUUCCCCAUUAGUGACAGUUCCUGGAGGAUAUGCUGGAAUUGUUGUCGAUUUAUUUUCUGAUGGAAAGAUUCUGCCACAAUUGCAAGAAAUAACAUGA